UCUGGAAACCAUCAGAAGAACAUGGGAGAACCUGGGAAACGGUUUGCAACCCAUGGGGUGACAUGCUUUUCAAAAAUGAAGAUGUUUCUGUUGGCAUUAACAAUGGCAUAUAUAGCCAAAGCACUAUCAGGAACGUAUAUGAUUUCCAUGCUCACACAAAUAGAGAGGCAAUUCAAUAUCCCCGCAUCUGUAGUUGGAUUUAUCAAUGGGAGUUUUGAGACUGGAAACCUUUUGUUGAUCGUAUUCGUGAGUUAUUUUGGAUCAAAACUGCAUAGGCCUAUCAUGAUUGGUGCUGGUUGUGCGGUUAUGGGCCUAGGGUGUUUCUUAAUAUCACUGCCUCAUUUCCUGAUGGGACGAUACGAAUAUGAGAAAACGAUCUUACCUUCAAGUAACUUGUCCUCAAACAGCUUCUUGUGUUUGGGAAAUAGAAGCCAGACUUUAAUGCCAACACCAGACCCAGGAGACUGUGAAAAAGAAAUUAAAUCCUUAAUGUGGAUAUAUGUACUGGUAGGAAAUUUUAUUCGUGGAAUUGGUGAAACUCCCAUCGUGCCCUUGGGCAUUUCCUACAUAGAAGAUUUUGCCAAAUCUGAAAACUCCCCUUUAUACAUUGGGAUUUUAGAAGCAGGAAAGAUCUUUGGCCCUUUGAUUGGACUUUUGUUGGCAUCUUUCUGUGCAAACAUCUAUGUAGACACUGGAUCUGUGAAUACAGAUGACCUGACCAUAACUCCCACUGAUACGCGCUGGGUUGGUGCUUGGUGGGUCGGCUUUUUGAUCUGUGCAGGAGUGAAUGUCUUGACCAGCAUCCCCUUUUUCUUUCUUCCCAAAAUGCUCCCAAAGGAAAGACUAGAGGAUAAUGCAGAUGUGACUAACAGCAACAAAGAAGAGAAACACCAAGGAAAAGCCAAAAAGGAAAAACGUGGAAUCACUAAAGAUUUUUUACCAUUCAUGAAGAGCCUCUUCUGCAAUCCGAUUUAUGUGCUUUUUGUCCUUGUAAGUGUGCUUCAGGUCAAUUCAUUUACCACAACAUUUGUCUUCCUUCCUAAAUACCUGGAACAGCAAUAUGGAAAAUCAACUGCAGAGGUAGUCUUCCUCAUAGGUAUUUAUAAUUUACCUCCAGUAAUUAUUGGAUAUUUAAUUGGUGGAUUGGUUAUGAAAAAGUUCAAGUUUACUGUCAAGAAAGCUGCAUGUGUAGCUUUCUGCUUAUCCCUGACAGAGUGGCUUUUAUUUUUCUUAAACUUUCUGUGGACCUGUGAUAAUUUCCCAGUUGCUGGCUUAACUACAUCUUAUGAGCAUGAACGAAUUCAGCAGCCAUUAUAUGUGGAGAAUAAGAUUCUUGCUAACUGCAACACGAGGUGCAACUGUUUAACCAAAACAUGGGAUCCAGUGUGUGGAGACAAUGGAAUAGCAUACAUGUCAGCCUGCCUUGCAGGCUGUGAGAAAUCUGUUGGAAUGGGAAUUAACAUGGUAUUUCAAAAUUGCAGCUGCAUUCAGUUUUCAGGAAACUCGUCUGCAGUCCUUGGGCUGUGUAACAAAGGCCCUGACUGUACUAUAAAGCUGCAGUACUUUUUCAUCACAGUAGUAAUUGGCAGUUUCAUCUAUUCUCUAGCAGCCAUACCUGGGUAUAUGGUUCUUCUGAGGUGUAUCAAGUCUGAAGAAAAGUCACUUGGAGUUGGAUUACAUGCAUUUUUCGCAAGAGUAUUUGCGGGCAUUCCAGCACCUAUUUACUUUGGUGCCUUGAUAGACAGAACCUGUUUACACUGGGGAAAUCAGAAAUGUGGGAAGAGAGGAGCUUGCAGGAUGUAUGAUAUAAAUAACUUCAGGAGCAUUUUCCUUGGGUUGUCAACAGCACUAAGAGGAUCAAGCUUCCUCCCAGCAAUCUGUAUUCUGAUACUUUUGAGGAAGUUCCAACUCCCUAAGGAAACUGACUCUUCACAGACUGAAUUUGCAGAGAUGAAGCUCACAGAGAAGGAAAGUGAGUGCAUGGAUGAGCACAGAAGUCCUGAGUCUGAGAACAACCGAGAACUGAAAACAAGGUUGUAA